AUGAAGGUGCCUCUUCUAUUAGAUCUUCAAGUAGACAGGUUCAUCUGGCCCUUGAGAGAGAGAUCCCGGCAAUCAUUGACAACUUCAUCUCAAGACAGCUCCCAUUUCCAUCCUGGGAUGACAAAGGAAGGGAUUAGGAAACAGUACAAGGAAAAAUAUCCAAACAACAUAUCAGUUGUUGUUGUUGUUGGAAAAGCUGGUGGAGAUAAGUGGAAAUCCAUGAGUGAUGAGGUUGGAGGUGCUGAAGAUGAGUCCGACAAGUCAAAGUUUGAGGUUAAUGGUGAUGAGGACGAUGAGAGCGUUGGAGAUGUUAGUUGA